AUGAUUCCGCUUCCAUGGAACCAGUACAAGGACAUCAUCAUUAGGCUGUAUGCGCGGCAUACACUUGAUGAAGUGGUGAUGAUGAUGGAUGACAACUACCACUUCAAGGCCAAGCGUCAGAUCGCCAUCACGCCGGACGGAGAAUAUGUGUCGACCAACUCGCAUAGGGAGAGCAGCUCUGACAUGAUGACUGCAUCGGUUGACGUGGCAGCAGCAUCUCCUUCUGUGUACACUGAACCGGGCAACCUUUACCCAUAUAUGGAAGUGGCCACUUAUGCCCCUGAUAGUGACCUUUAUCAAGGCGGACAGGGACAGUAUGGUUAUGCAAUGAAUAUGUCUGACACCGCACAGUUUGAUGUAUCUCAACUGCUUUUGUCUCAGAUUGCAGAGGAGCACUAUCCCCCGACCACCACUGACCAGGCUGGGGGGACCUUUGCCUCGCUUCCUCAGGCAGAGUCCGAGGUUCAGUCUGCGGGCUACGAGCCAACUUCCACUGCUGCCACUUAUCAGCAGGUUGGCCUCUGGCCUGACAACCAGUCACCACGACCCGAGAGCAUUCUUCGGUCUCAUCGUUGGAGCAGAAGCCACCUCCGCAGUUCCAGGUCCAACAGGUCCCGAGACUGA